GGUGAAGAAAUGGAGCAAGUUCAGUUAACUAUCCAGUCUAACGUCUUACUGAUAUCUUAAGGAAUCUUACAGAUGCUUAUUCAGAAUUGAGAAAAUGACUGCAGAUAUAGAAGAAGGUACAGGUUGUUGGAAAAGAAUACCUGUCGAAAAGUGGAACGUCCAGUAGUUAUUUUGGAAGUAGUAUAAAAUAAAUAUACCUGUUAUGGUGCGAUUCUGGAGUGGAGUUAACUUUAUAGCACACAGGUAGCUCUCCAAAGAGGAGGAGGGGAAAAAAAAACCCCACGCUUUCUCUUUUCCUAAAUUAUGGAAAUUUUUUGGAAGACGUGGACAUGGAUUUUGAGCCUAGUCGUGGUUUCAUCAGAAUUUCACAGUGACAACAGGCUUUCAUAUAGUUCUCAAGAGGAAUUCCUGUCUUACCUUGAACACUACCAACUAACAAUCCCAAUAAGGGUUGAUCAAAAUGGAGCCUUCCUCAGCUUUACUGUGAAAAAUGCUAAACCCUCAAGAAGGAGGAGGAGCACAGACCCUUAUGACCAAGAACUGGCAGCAUCUAAAUUAUUUUUUAAACUUUCUGCCUAUGGCAAGCACUUUCAUUUAAACCUGACUCUCAACACAGAUUUGGUGUCCAGACAUUUUACAGUAGAAUACUGGGGGAAAGAUGGACCGCAAUGGAAGCACGAUUUUUUAGACCACUGUCAUUACACAGGAUAUUUGCAAGACCAACACAGUACAACUAAAGUGGCCUUAAGCAACUGCAAUGGUCUGCAUGGAGUCAUUGCUACAGAAGAUGAAGAGUAUUUUAUUGAGCCUUUAAGGAAUAUAACAGAAGAUUCUAGUAACUUUAAUUAUGAGAACGGUCAUCCUCAUGUUAUAUAUAAAAAAUCUACCAUGCACAAGCAACAUCUCUAUGAUCACAGCCACUGUGGAGUCUCAGAAGACCUCACAAGAAGUGGUAAACCUUGGUGGAUGAGUGAUGCAUCUGCUUUUCCAGCUUCACUUCCAAUCAAUGACACGUUAAGUAGUCACAGUCGACAGAAGAGAUCAGUAAGCCUUGAACGGUUUGUGGAAACGCUGGUAGUAGCAGACAAAAUGAUGGUGGGAUACCAUGGACGCAAAGACAUUGAACACUAUAUUUUGAGUGUAAUGAAUAUUGUUGCCAAACUUUAUCGUGAUUCCAGUCUAGGAAACGUUGUGAAUAUUAUAGUGACACGUUUAAUUGUCCUCACUGAAGAUCAGCCAAACUUGGAGAUAAACCACCAUGCAGACAAGUCCCUCGAUAGCUUCUGUAAGUGGCAGAAAUCCAUUCUCUCCCACCAAAGUGAUGGAAACACCAUUCCAGAAAAUGGGAUUGCCCACCAUGAUAAUGCGGUUCUUAUUACUAGAUAUGAUAUCUGCACUUAUAAAAACAAGCCUUGUGGAACACUUGGCUUGGCCUCUGUGGCUGGAAUGUGUGAGCCUGAAAGGAGCUGCAGCAUUAAUGAAGACAUUGGCCUAGGUUCAGCUUUUACCAUUGCACAUGAGAUUGGUCACAAUUUUGGUAUGAAUCACGAUGGAAUUGGAAAUUCCUGUGGGACCAAAGGUCAUGAAGCAGCAAAGCUAAUGGCAGCUCAUAUUACAGCAAACACCAACCCUUUCUCUUGGUCAGCCUGCAGUCGGGAUUACAUCACCAGUUUUUUGGAUUCGGGCCGUGGUACUUGCCUUGAUAAUGAGCCUCCCAAGCGUGACUUUCUUUAUCCAGCUGUGGCCCCAGGUCAGGUGUAUGAUGCUGAUGAACAGUGUCGCUUCCAGUAUGGAGCAACAUCCCGCCAAUGUAAAUAUGGGGAAGUGUGUAGAGAGCUCUGGUGCCUCAGCAAAAGUAACCGCUGUGUUACCAACAGCAUUCCAGCAGCUGAAGGUACUCUGUGCCAAACAGGGAGCAUUGAAAAGGGGUGGUGUUAUCAGGGAGAGUGCGUACCUUUUGGCACUUGGCCCCAGAGCAUAGAUGGGGGUUGGGGUCCGUGGUCAAUAUGGGGAGAGUGCAGCAGGACCUGCGGGGGAGGAGUCUCCUCAUCUAUAAGACACUGUGACAGUCCAGCGCCUUCAGGUGGAGGCAAAUAUUGCCUUGGAGAAAGGAAGCGGUAUCGCUCCUGUAAUACUGAU